AUGCCCGACCAGAAUGACUUCAGCGACAGCACAGACUGGCUCCCAACGCCUUUGGCAGCCCUCGCGCCACUCGACUCUUCGCUGCGAUGUCAAGUCUGUAAAGAUUUCUUUACAACACCAAUGAUGACGAGUUGUUCCCACACCUUCUGCAGCCUAUGUAUACGCAGAUAUCUCUCUCAGGAGGGCAGAUGUCCGGCAUGUCGCGAAUCCGACCAAGAGGUUAAACUCCGACGGAACUGGGUCGUUGAAGAACUCGUUGCGAACUUUACUGCGUCACGAAAGAAUCUCCUUACCUUUGCGACAGACGCUGCAGCCAAAAGCGAGGGGAAUGCCGAAUCAGAAAGACCUAAGAAGAGGCGGAAAGUCGUGGCCGAAGAACCUAUAACGAAUGGUGUGGUGAGGCGAAGCACUCGCAAUCAAAGCAAGAGAGCGGCUGGAGAUGCGAGCCAACAGAGCGCACCUUCUACGCAGGAAGUGAUAGAUGACAGCGAGGAAGGGAGUGUCUACGAAGAUCAGGAUACCCGAAUUCCGCACGUGAACGGCGACUUGGAACCGAAUGACGGUUUAGUGGCAUGUCCAUGUUGUCACCGCAGAAUGAAAGAGACAUUGAUCAAUGCACAUCUGGAUAAAUGCAUAUCGGGCGAGAGCUCUACGCCGAUAGAUGAUGGUUCCACACCCGCUCCUCCCAAACCACAGGUUGCACCACCGGGCACGAUUGCAUAUACCAUGAAGAAACCCUCGAAAGACAAUGAACGCCUACCCUUUAUCAACUACUCAAUAUUAGGCGACAAUGCUCUCCGAAAGAAGUUGCGGGAUCUGGGCAUACCCAACCAUGGUUCCAAGGAGCUGAUGCGUAGGAGGCACACGGAGUGGGUGAAUUUAUGGAAUGCGAACUGCGACUCGACCAAACCGGUGACCAAAAGACAACUUCUGCAAAGUCUCAAGGUGUGGGAGGACACUCUGGGACGCCAGAUGGAUAGGGCAUCGAACACGGGCUUUAUGGCCAAGGAGUUUGACCGCGAUCAGCAUGUCAAAGCACAGAAGAGCAAUUUCGACGACCUUAUCCAGCAGGCAAGGGAAAGGAGGGUUGCAGCAACGCCAAAGGCUGCGGAAACGACUGAC